GAAGUGACGUGUCGGGGAGCGGAAGUCGCGGUGUUGUUGUUGUAGCAGUAGCAGCAGCUCCUUCCCGGGGAUGUCGGAGACCCCACCUCCCACCUCCCUGUACCACGAGAGGCAGCACCUGGAGCUCUGCGCCGUCCACGCCCUCAACAACCUCCUGCAGCAGCGGCUCUUCAGCAAGGAGGAGCUGGACCGGCUGUGCGGCCAACUGGCUCCCGACUCGCUGCUGAAUCCGCAUCGUAGCUUGCUGGGGACGGGGAACUACGAUGUGAACAUCCUCAUGGCUGCCUUACUGACUCGAGGCUUCGCUGCGAUCUGGUGGGACAAACGCAGGUCACUCACGAGCUUAGUGCUGAGUCGGGUACAUGGCUUGAUCCUCAACAUCCCCUCCAACGUGACGCUGGGCUUUGUGUCUCUGCCGAUCCGGCGCAAGCACUGGGUGGCUGUAAGGCAGGUCGGCGGCUCCUAUUACAACCUGGACUCCAAACUCAAGGCCCCCGCCCACAUCGGGGGCGAGGAGGAUCUCAGGAAGUUCCUGCAGGAACAGGUCGCCCAGGAGCCCUGCCAGUUGCUGCUGGUCGUGGAGAGGGAGGUGGAGGAAGAUGGAAGCUGGCUCCUCCCUCUCUGAACGCGCGAGGGGGAUCGGACAGAGAGAACGAGCGAGAGAGCGAGGGGACAUCUCCUGACGGACCGGGCUUUGCGUUCAAGAGCAAGAGCUGCUGUACACGCCGACGGGGAGGGAGAGCCCUCCGCAGAACGGGCUGCCUGUACAUUGAGGGGAUCCCUGGGGCACUGGGCGUGGUGCUGGGGCUUCAGCUGGGAAGAGCGGAAGGAACCGAGCAGGGAGCAGGCUAUCGGGCCCCUCGAGCCUACUCCCACUACCGCCUCCCCCCCCCCAACCCCAUUCAAUCGUGCCUUACCUCGGGGCUUCAACUCACCCGCUCCCCACAUCUCCCUGUGAGAGACCAAAGGUGUGCCCAUCUCUGGCUUAAAUAUCCGACGAUGGGGCGUCUGGGCUAAAGAAUUCCAAAGAUUCACAACCCUCCGAGGGAAGAAUUUUCCUCUCGUCGCCAUGAGACAAAGGAGCAGAAAUGAGGCCAUUCGGCCCAUCGAGUCUGCUCCGCCAUUCAAUCAUGGCUGAUA